AAGCUGCCUUGUGUUUGCCAAAUUUCGGUACAUGACCGUGGAUUUCCCUGCGGCGAAGGCAAGAUUUUUCCUCUACCUUUUUUCUCCAGUUGUGUUCACGAAUACAUAGGCGACACUGUUGAAAGGUCCCGACGCGCUGAAAGGUCUCGACACUGCUGAAAGGUCCCCACACACUGGGAUAGGUGCUGCAAGCUACUCUCCCCUUGACCGGGUAUACAUACUGUGCUGAGACUGGAGCAGUUCUGAAACGGACAACCGAUCUUUUCAACUUCACCACUGCUCGGGGUCUAUGCCAGAGCAAGGGGGGAGUUCUACUGACACCGGCGGCUUACCGUGCAGGCUGCGCAGCCGAUCUCCUCAGUUCCCGCCGCAUGGGCUGGAUAAAUGAGUAUGAGCCCGGAACGGGAAAUUCGAUUGCGUACAUCACCGGAGGACUACAACACCACGUCUUUUCCACACGGCUAACGUCCUCUGACUUAUACGUUGUGUGCGAAUUCCCAUGCCAACGUUCCUCCGGAGAUCACAUUGCUAACGUAUCGGCGGCUGGCAUUGUCACGUGUGACCUUGGCUUCGAGUGCUUUGAAACAGAGCGUGUCUGCUCUGCUGGCAACAAGAUUCCUGCCUGCAUAGCUACUUUCCCCUGGACCGGGUAUACAUACUGUGCUGAGACUGGAGCAGUUCUGCAACGGACAACCGAUCUUUUCAACUUCACCACUGCUCGGGGUCUAUGCCAGAGCAAGGGGGGAGUUCUACUGACACCGGCGGCUUACCGUGCAGGCUGCACAGCCGAUCUCCUCAGUUCCCGCCGCGUCGGGUGGAUAAACGAGUACAAGCCCGGAGCGGGAAAUUCGAUUGCGUACGUCACCGGAGGACUACAACACCACGCGUUUUCCACACGGCUAACGUCCUUUGACUCAUACGUUGUGUGCGAAUUCCCAUGCCAACGUUCCUCCGGAGAUCACAUUGCUAACGUAUCGGCGGCUGGCAUUGUCACGUGUGACCUUGGCUGCGAGCACUUUGAAACAGAGCGUGUCUGCUCUGCUGGCAACAAGAUUCCUGCCUGCAUACCUUAUACGUGCCCGAUCCCGCCCGUUGCCGAUGCGACGGUCGUCAUAGUGCCAGGUAGUGCUACCUACACAUGCAACAAAGCAGGUCUGAUGCUUGUAGGUGAUGCCAGGCCAUGGUGCCAGGCAAAUGGAAGCCUCACUUCCGUUCCCAGCUGUGUUCGUAAGUAUUGA